AUGACGCCAAUCUCUUCUCCCCUUGCCAAAGACCGCUGUCCUUUCUGUCAGUACAUCCCCAGCAAGCCGGCGAAAUAUGGCAUCAAGUCAUGGGUGGUCUGCGACGCAAAGUCCAGCUACGUUUGGAAGAUGCAAGUGUACACGGGCAAGGCGGCCGGCGGAGGCCCCAAGAAGAACCAGGGGAUGCGCGUCGUCCUCGAUCUGAAAAAGGGACUGAGCGGUCGCAACGUCACGUGUGACAAUUUCUUCACCUCUUACGAACUGGGACAGCGGCUCCUCGAGAGGGACCUCACCGUGGUGGGCACCGUGAGAAAGAACAAGGCCAAGCUCCCGCCGGCGCUGCUCGAGUCAAAGGGCAGACAGGUCCUGUCCUCCAGGUUUGCCUUCACGCCCACCUCUACUCCUAGUGUCCUACCUGGCAAAGAAAAACCAGAACGUGCUGCUUCUGAGCACGCUGCACACAGAGGCCCGAGUCAGCGAUCGCCGCGACAGGAAGCCGGCCCUCGUCCUAGACUACAACUGCAACAAGGGCGGCGUGGACAACCUGGACAAGGUGGUCGGCACGUACAGCUGCAGACGGAUGACUGCCCGCUGGCCCCUGGUCGUCUUCCACAACAUCCUCGACGUGUCCUCCUACAAAGCCUUUUGUCAUAUGGCAUGAGAUCAAGCCUGACUGGAUGCCUCGCAAGCGGAACAAGCGCAGGGUGUUCCUGGAGCAGCUGGGAAAGGCGCUCGUCAAGCCGCUGA